UCUAUAAUCUUACAAUAGAAAGAUUUCAAAAGAAAACUAGCAAAGUAGGAGCAAAAAAUGCGCGGCCAUCUAUCACAAGAUAGCGUGGUAGAGGUUCCGGCAGCUGUGAUGUGGGAUGUCUACCGUAGUCUCCAACUCGGGAAGCUCGCCGAUGAACUGCUAGGAGAUGUUGUGGGCAAAGUGCAAGUUGUCCAAGGUGACGGAGGCGUUGGCACUAUUGUAAAAGUCACAUUCCCUCCAGGAACUCCUGGACCUGGUUAUAUGAAGGAAAUGUUCACAAUAAUUGAUGAUGAGAUACGCUUGAAGGAAGGAGAAACCAUUGAAGGAGGAUUCAAAGAUGUUGGAUUUGAUGUUUAUCGAACUCGCUUGCAAAUAAUUGAGAAAGAUGCUGACUCAUCUAUUGUCAGGUCAUCAGUGGAUUAUGAAAUAGACGAUAAGCUUCAAGAAAUGGCUUCUCAAGCGACUACCAAGCCUAUGGAAGUAUUGGCAGAAGCCGUUGGCAAAUAUCUCAAAGAAAAAUUGAACUCCACUAAAUAGGGUAUGUGCUAUGCAGCUACAUUGUCUUUCAUUCAACCUAAAGGCUUGGUUUUUCUUUUUAUUUUUUUGUAUUUAAAUAAUUAUGUUCAGAAAAAAAAAUCGAAACUACUUCAAACUUUUAUUUAAAUAGACUAUUUUAAAUUCUUGUUAAAAAA